AUGCCAAUUACUCCAAGGGAGAAUCAAGAGGAGUUUGUAGCUGAGUCUUCAGCUGCGGAGGGAGUCCAGACAAGGGCGCAAUCAGCACGCGACGCUGCCCGACGACAAAGUUUCGAUGCGAACCGCGGGAUGGGUGAAAGCAACGAUGCCAACAUGCUUCUUGUUCUGCGCCAAAUGAUGGAAGAACAGGCACGACGUCAAGAGGAACAGGCACGACGUCAAGAGGAACAGGCACGACAAAUGAUGGAGGAACAGGCACGCCGGCAAGAAGAACAGGCACGCCGUCAAGAAGAACAGGCACGCCUAAUGAUGGAAGAACAGGCUCAGACACGUCGUAUGAUGGAGGAACAGGCACGGCGUCAAGAGGAGCAGGCUCAUCAGAUGAUGGAGGAACAGGCCCGCCGUAUCGGAGAAAAACUUGGUGACCUGAAAAUACAGGUAGAGAAAAAGAUCGAGAACUUGGAAUCUGAUAUGGACUGCAAAUUUUCGAAACAGGACAAACGUAUUCUCGGAUUAGAACAAGAGAUGCAGUGCCUGAAGACCAAAGGUGUCGUAACGACUGUAGCACCAUCUGGAAAUCUGAAAGUACCUCCCUUUGACGGUACAUCUUCCUGGGGCGCGUACAAAAUACAGUUUGAGACUGUGGCAGAGUCAAACGGGUGGAAUGACGAUCAGGCUGUCACCGCCCUUAUGUUGGGACUGCGAGGCGAAGCCCUGGACGUGUUAGAAGUCAUGACAGGUAAAGUGACACUGACGCGCCUGCUGGAUGCUCUGGAGUCACGUUAUGGGGACUCAAAUUUGGAGCCAGUCUAUAGGGCUCAAUUACGGGAGAGAGCGCAGCGACCGAGUGAGAGCUUGCAAGAAUGGGGUCUGGAAAUAGAGAAGCUGGUAAGAAAAGCCUACGCAUCCUUACCAGAUGUAGCAGACAAGAUAUUAGUGCAAACCUUCAUUGACGGAAUAAGAGAUCGUGAAGUCAGGAUUAGUGUGAAUCUUGGUCACCACAAGAACCUGAAGGAUGCUCUUGCCCAUGCGCUGGAGGUAGAGGCGAUUCGGAAAGAUUCUCGACCUUACCGCAUUAGGGCUGUCACGGAAAAACCAAACUCGUGUCAACGUGGACCAACCUGUUACCUCUGCGGGGAAGUGGGGCACAUGAGGUUUUCGUGCCCAAAGAAAGACUUCCGAGGUGAUGUGAAGGUUAGACGCGGGAAUACCUUGGUUAUCGACGGAGUUGUCAAUGGAACUAAGUGUGACCUAACACUGGAUACCGGAGCUUCACGAACCGUAAUCAGAUACCAACUUCUGAAGUCAUUUUAUGGAAGCCCUUCUCGAGGAAUUGUACAGCUUGUUACAGCUACAGGUCAGCGUAUAACCGAUCGGGGAGAAGGUAUCGCAACCUUCAAGAUUGGUGGAAGAUUUUACAGACACAAGGUUGUUCUUGCCGACAUAGUAGAUGACUGCAUAAUCGGGUUAGACUUUAUGAAGCUGUACAAUUGUAAAAUAGAUCUGGAAAAAGGAAUCUUUAAGUGUGGAGAACAGGAAGUUUGCUUAAAAGGACACUCUACAAAUAGUGGUUUUGACGUCUGUAGAGUUAUCAAUGUGGACGGACAGGCCAGUAAUCAACAAGAGUGGAAAGUUACUGAGACCUAUGAGGAAGCCUUGUCAAGACAACUAUCAAAGGCAGAGGAACAAUUAAAUAAACUUUCUGACAUGAUAUCUACCCACGAAAGAGAACUAAGAAGAAGUUCAGAUGUGUCUCAACAACACUGUGAAAAGGUCAACAAACAGGACGGAAGGGAGAUUGGCCAUGUGCGAAUUCUUAGAACAGACACCAUUCGUUCAGAUUGGGGUGGAAAAUUGAUGCAGAUAGCACAGCAAGAAGAUUGUGACAUUAAACCAAUUCUGGAUUGGAUGAAAUCAUCAGCUGUCAAGCCGCAGUGGAGUAAAGUCGCAUCUACAAGUACCACUACUAAGAGUUACUGGGCUCAAUGGGAUAGUUUAGUUCUACAUAAUGGAGUGUUAUGUCGCAAAUUGAAAAAUGCUCAAGGCGAUCAUUUGCAGAUAGUUGUGCCAAGAUCCAAGGUUCGCGACAUAUUGGAAAUGUUUCAUACUGACUUGUCUAGUGGACAUUUAGGAGUAAAGAGGACUCUUAUGAAGAUUAAAGAAAUAUUUUAUUGGAUACACUAUCGUGAAGAUGUUGAAGACUGGAUCAAGAAAUGUAAAGAUUGUGCAGCUAUUAAGGAUUCGCAGACUCGGUCUCCAUGGGAAAGGAUAACGGUGAAUGAAAGUGAUGAUGCUCGGGACGAGCAUGUCUAA